CCGAAGACCGAAAUGACAACAUUUCAAAGUGAAAUCGUGUUUGUGAAUGAUCAUGUCACCAAUUCCUUCGACCACGUUCACAUUUCAGCCCUUCAAUGUGUUUGGAUGCCUACACAUUUGCGACAUGACACAUUUUACGGCUGCUGUGAGUCUCCUUAAAACGUUCGCGUUGAUAAAGGGAAACCUUUCGUGACGUUUGGAGGACAUCGUGUGAAGUAAGCUAGCUAAAGCUAGUUAGCCGCUACGUUCAACAGUUUCACAAAACAUCUCUUAGCGCCUGCUGGUCGUUUACAUCAUCAUUUACUGAAUCUGUGAGCCGUGCAGAGGUGUCGUCGUCGUCGUCGUCAACAUGGGAGAACGAAAAGGAACAAACAAGUACUACCCGCCGGACUUUGAUCCGGCUAAGCACGGCUCUCUCAAUGGCUACCACAAAACGCACGCCCUGCGGGAGCGGGCCAGGAAGCUAUCCCAAGGCAUCCUCAUCAUCAGGUUUGAAAUGCCGUACAACAUUUGGUGUGACGGCUGCAAGAACCACAUCGGCAUGGGCGUCCGGUACAAUGCGGAGAAGAAGAAAGUGGGCAACUACUUUACGACGCCCAUCUACAGAUUCCGUAUGAAGUGCCACCUGUGCGUCAACUACAUCGAGAUGCAGACGGACCCGGCCGCCUGCGACUACGUCAUCGUCAGCGGCGCCAGCAGGAAGGAGGAGCGAUGGGACAUGGCCGAAAACGAGCAGAUACUCACUACUGAGCGAGAAGAGAAGGAGAAGCUGGAGACGGACGCCAUGUUCAAGCUGGACCACGGCGGCAAGGACAAGGAGAAGCUCAACAAGGCUCUUCCUUCACUUGCGGAGCUGCAGGACUACCGGGCCGCAUGGAAGGACGACUUCCAGCUGAACAGCGCCCUGCGCAGGAAGUUCAGGUUGGAGAAGAAGGGGAUUGUGGAGCAAAAGGAGAAGGAUGACGCUGUGAGGGCGAGGACCAACCUGAACAUCCCGCUCUUGCCUGAGCGCGAGGAGGACAAGAGGCUGGCGGCGCUGCUCAGCUUACAGGCGCCGCCUGACUCUUACGAGGACAAGCAACGCAGCAAACGGCAGGAGAUCGCCACACGCUCCUGGUUCAGCUCCACUCCAGGGGGCACCACUCCCGCCUCGGGCGCAAGCGCCUCCGAGGCUCUGCUCCGCAAGCUGGGCCUGCAGGCCAAGGCGGCGGCCGUGGCCAAAGCGCUGGGCGCCCCGCGGACCCCCCUGGUCCGCAGGAAGUCAGACCUCCGGGAGCCAUCAAGGGCUGAGCCGGACAGGGGUUCCGGCUCCCUGGUGCCCAGUUACAGCGACUCGGACUCUGACGGCAAGUGAACCUUAUCUGAUGACCACUUUAAAACCCAGCACCUUUAAAUCUUUUUAAAUGACAACUUUUCCUAAAAGCUUGAAAUGUUUUUUCCCCCCCCUCAUAAGAAGAACCAUUUUUUUUGGCUGGCUGGGGUGAAAAAUAUUGAUGACAGUAUUCAUAUUGUAUCUAGAAAGGCUUUAAAAACAGCCGAAUCUGGCUUGACGUUUUGGCUGCCAAGGCUAAGCUUGCUUGCUUGCUUGGGUGGGUGGGUCAGAUGCGCUUUGACUGCACGGUGCUGUACAGCGCGCUGCACGCGUCCGCUCCAGCGUCCGGCCUGGGCCUGCGGGUGGAGACAACCAGAGAGACCAUCCGGUAUGACCACCCCAUUAUUUGGGGGGAAAGGUGAAGCGGUUAUAUUUUUGCAGGUCUAUUGAGGAGGAUUUUUUUUUUUGUCAGAACCCGUGGCAGAUUUCAGUAUUUUUCAGCCAAAUUGAAAGUCACCUGGAGGCGCGGCAGUUGACGGCACUGUACUCCACUCCCUCGUCCCGAUCCUCGCACCGGCGCCUCUCGGCCCGGGCGACGUUGGAGUAGAUGGCGUCGGGCUCGGAGAAAGCCAGCGUGGAGUACAGCAGCUCGUCCGGACCGCCCCUGCUGUCUUCUGCGCUUGCGUUUGGCUGAGCACAUUUUGGAUCAGGUUUACACUUUUUCUCCUUUUUUUUCUAAUUUCGUAACAUUUUCACGUCUUUUUAACAGCUUCCAAAAUACAUGUGUUUUCAUUUCAAAUCUCAAAGUGUGUCAUGACUUUUUUUUCCCCUUAAAGUAUUUCAACUGUUGUGACAAAAUGGAGUUACAAAAUCU